AUCUAAAAAACUCGUAUAGUUGAUCUCUAUCACUUUCACAGAGUUGAUCUCUCUCACUCAAAAUCUCACAGUUCAUCUGCCUCUCUCAAAAUCUCUCUCUGUCUACAUUUGCAGGAGCGAGGGAGAGAGAGCCUAACAAGUGCUCCUGGUGAAGGAAGAAUUUUUUAUGGUUUAGAUUUGCAGGUGAAGGAUGGGGAUCUCAAAAGCUGUUUUCGUUCUGUCUCCAUUACUACUGCAACUGCUACUUAUUCAUAUCUCAUCAACCCAUGGGCAAGGCGAAAGAGUGAGAGUUAACAUAGGUGUGGUCCUGGGUCUGGAGUCGAAGGUGGGAAAGGCAAGCAAAACGAGCAUAAAAAUGGCCCUCCACGACUUCUACGAGCACCACUCUAAUUACACCACAAGUCUCUCCCUCUUUUGGCGAGACUCUGAACUGCAUGUAGCCCAAGCAGGAAAACGAGCUUUGGAGCUGAUACAAAACAUGAAUGUUCAGGCCAUCAUUGGGCCACAAUUAUCAACAGAAGCUGAAUUCUUAGCAAAUAUGGGGUCCAAAACAAAGGUACCCAUCGUCUCUUUUUCUGCAACCUCACCUCUACUCCCAUCAACGCAAACCCCUUAUUUCAUUAGAGCCACUCUCAACGACUCAACUCAAGCCAAACCCCUUGCCUCUCUCUUCCAAGCCUACAAUUGGAGACAAGCCGUUGCCAUAUACGAAGAUACCGAAUAUGGAGCCAGCUUCAUUCCAUACUUAACCGAUGCUCUCCAAGAAAUUGGCUCUCGAAUUGAACAUAGAACUGCUCUUCCUACCUCAGCUUCUGAUGAAUUAAUCCGAACUGAGCUACAUGCAUUGAUGGAAACGCAAACUCGUGUUUUCGUAGUCCACAUGACCUCUUCCAUGGCCUCUCGACUAUUUCAAAAUGCCAGGCAACUCAACAUGAUGAGCAAAGAUUAUGCCUGGAUCAUAACAGACGGGCUGGCGGUUCUCUUAAACUCCAUGAAUUCCACAGUUAUAGCCUCAAUGGAAGGGCUGAUAGGGGUGAAGGCACAUAUACCAGAGUCCGAAGCGUUAUCCGAUCUAUCACGUAGAUGGAGAUCACAGUUUAAAAUGGAGUACCCAAAUGAGACACAAACGGUGGACAUGAACAUUUACGCAUUGAGAGCAUAUGAUGCAGCAUGGGGUCUUGCACUUGCGGUCGAAAAAUGUGGCCAAUUUCGGAGACCUCUUCCCACUAAAACCACUGUAAAGUCAUCGGAUUUCACAAUGCCAAACAGUUCUAAGGCAGGCCCCAGCCUCUUAAAGGCAAUCAUGGAUACCAAAUUCCUUGGUGUCAGCGGCGAUAUCCAUUUCGUAAAAGGUGAGCUCCAAGCGUCGGACUUCCAAAUAGUGAACAUUGCCGGAAAGGAAGUCAUAGAUAUAGGGUAUUGGUCACAAGAAACUGGCCUUUCAAGAAGAAAAAACUCUGGAAAGGAAAAAUACACAGCGACACAGUCUGAUCUCAGGCCGGUAAUUUGGCCAGGGAGGACUCUGGCAGUGCCAAGGGGCUGGGUGGUGGCACCUAACAGAAAGAAGCUGAGGAUUGGCAUUCCUGUCAAUGGACCUUUUCAGGAAUUCAUAAAAAAUACAUGGAACCCCAAGAAAAAUAUGACUGAGGUUCAGGGCUUCUGUCGGGAUGUGUUCGAGGCUGUGAUCGACGAGCUGCCGUAUGCUUUCCCGUAUGAAUUCGUGCCCUUUCAGAAAGCUGAUGGAUCAAGCGCUGGCACAUACAAUGAUCUGGUUUACCAGGUCUAUCUCAAGAAUUUUGAUGCAGUGGUGGGGGACGUAACAAUUCGAGCUAACAGAACAAACUACGUGGACUUCACUUUACCUUACACUGAUUCAGGAGUAGCAAUGGUGGUUCCAGUGAAGAAGAACGAUCUGAGGAACAAUGCUUGGGUGUUUUUAAAGCCUUUAACAUGGAGAUUGUGGGCAACGAGUGGCUUCUUCGUUGUGCUGACUGGUUUUGUGGUUUGGGUCUUAGAACACAGGAGAAACGACGACUUUAGAGGCAGCAAGUGGGGUCAGAUAGGUGUUGUCUUUUGGUUUGCCUUCUCCACGAUGGUCUUUUCUCAUAAGGAGACAGUGGUUAGCAACUUGGGCCGAUUUGUGGUUAUCAUAUGGCUUUUUGUGGCCUUGAUUCUCAACUCAAGCUAUACAGCGAGCUUAACAUCUAUACUCACAGUUCAGCAACUUCAACCCACUGUUAAAGACAUUGAUACAUUGGUAAAAAAUGGAAACUACGUUGGAUGUCAGCCAAGAUCCUUUGUUGCUGGGCUUCUACAACGCUCGAAUUUUGAUCCAACUAAGCUUAGGUACUAUAACACACUCGAUGAAUAUGCGGAGGCCCUUAACAAUGGAGAGAUCUCUGCAUACUUUGAUGAGAUCCCUUAUCUCAAGCUUUUCCUCUCAAGAUAUUGCGAUCAAUUCACCAUGGUUGGACCAAUAUAUAAGACUGCAGGGCUCGGCUUUGUUUUUCCCAAAGGCUCCCCACUGGUCUCGGACAUAUCAAAGGCCAUACUAAAUGUAACAGAAGGAGACCAAAUGGUGAGGAUCACCACCUUUUGGUUUGGUAAGAGUUAUUGGUUUGGCAACGACAGCAAUUGCCAAGACUUAUCAGACAUACCUAGGUCCAAAGGUCUCUCCUUCGAUAGCUUCAAGGGCCUGUUUAUCAUCUCAGGGACGGCCUCGAUGUCGGCCCUCUUGAUCUUCUUCAUUACCUUCCUCAGUAAACUUUUCAAGAAAGAGCGAACCUCUCCUGCUAGGGGCUUAUGGCAAAGGCUCAUCUCCAUAGGCAGGCAUUUCUAUGAAGAGGAAAACGCAUUGAGAAGACGGGUGCAAAGAAAUAGAGACAGAGAGAACCCUGGAGAGGGUGGUGCUAGGAACCAUGCAAAAGGAAGCACCAAUGUUAAAGAAGGUGAGUCUGUAAAUCACAACAACUUUAAGGAUGAUAUUUUACUGUUGCUGCUAAUGCUUGGGAUCCUCAAUAGUUGUUGCACUCAAAGAAAUAACACAAGCCCACAUCCAAAUCCCAAUCCAAUAUCUCCCGAGCACUCGAUUGAGAUAUGACUCGCUUCAAGUCCUUUGUAUAUACAUUUGAUGUGACAUGGUAUGUAUCAUGGUCUAACAUGGUAUGUAAUAC